AUGGAGAAUCAAGCCAAUCGCCCCCAUAGGGCGCCGAAAGAGAAGAAGAAACAUACUGGAGGUCGGCAUUGACUGCGCAGUUUUAUAUAUGUCAUGCUAACAUUAAGCAGACAAGAAUCCAAAGGCAUUCAGUUUCGCAAAUCCAGGACGAUUAGCAAAAACCGCCGCUCGAUCGCAUGAUGCAAGUCGCAGUCAGAUGUAAUUCCAUAUUCAGAUAACUAAUUGUUUGCGCAGAUAAAAGAAAAGCGCUUCCAUGUUCCCCAAGUCGAUCGAAUCCCGGAAGAGCCUCCACCACGCCUUGUUACCAUCGUUGGUCCACCCGGAGUUGGGAAGACAACUUUAUUGAAAUCGCUGGUAAAAAGAUAUGCGAAGGAAACAUUAUCAGAACCUCUGGGCCCGAUUACAGUAGUUACCUCGAAGAAGCAACGCUUAACAUUUGUAGAAUGUCCGAACGAACUCGAAGCCAUGGUCGACAUGUCCAAAGUGGCGGAUAUUGUAUUGCUGAUGAUUGACGGUAACUUUGGAUUUGAGAUGGAGACGAUGGAGUUUUUGAAUAUACUGGCUGCAAGUGGUAUGCCGGGAAAUGUGUUUGGAAUUCUUACCCAUCUAGACCUAUUUCGCAAACCACAAACCUUGAAGGACGCAAAGAAGCGACUGAAGAAUAGAUUCUGGAGCGAAUUGUACCAGGGGGCGCAUCUUUUUUACCUCUCCGGCGUCAUAAAUGGACGAUACCCCGAUCGCGAAAUCCAUAACCUCUCGAGAUUCAUUUCCGUUAUGAAGAACCCACGACCUUUGGUUUGGAGAAAUUCGCAUCCUUACACCAUGAUAGACAGUUUCCGAGAUGUUACCAAUCCAACAAAAGUCGAAGAGGACGCGAAAUGCGACCGAACAAUUGUGCUGUCUGGGUAUUUACGAGGAACAAAUUUCGCGGCUCAGGGUCAGAGGGUUCAUAUACCGGGAUUGGGUGAUUAUUCGAUAUCUUCUAUGGAGGCUUUACCAGACCCAUGUCCGACGCCAUAUAUGGACCAAGUUAUGGCGAAGGCUUCCGGAAAGACUGGCCGAAAGAGACUGGAUGAGAAGGAAAAGAAAUUGCAUGCUCCAAUGUCUGAUAAGAGUGGUUUGAAAAUUGACGGGGACACGAUAUGGAUCACGAGGGAGAAGGGAUUUAAUUUUGAUGCCGAGGAUGACGAUGAGGAUCGAGGGCAAGGAGAGGAGUUAAUUGUCAGUCUGCAAGGCGAAAGAAAGCUCUUGGGUGAGACCGACGAGGGAGUGCGAUUAUUCAGUGACAGUAAAGCUAUUAAAGCUGUCGACGAAGAAGAGGACACCGGUCGGAAACAGCCCAGAUCUGCCCGGUUUGUUGAACGCGAGGAUGGGUCUGACGACGAAGUUGACGAUGAAGGGUUUGUCAGUGGCGAUGAGCCACAAUCUGAUGAUGAAACUGAGUUGACCGAAGACAAACUUGGAAAAGCAUUCCGAAAACCCAGUGACAAGGCCGAAGGAGAUGUUGCUUUUGCAGACAGCGACUCGGAUCUUGGCUCUAUAUCAGGCGACGAGCUUGACUCGAUAGAUGAUUCCGAAGAUGAUGAUUCUGAAGGAGAUGAGGGAGUAAGAUGGAAGGAAAAUAUGCUUGAUACUGCAUUGAAACUUCACAAGCAAAAGCGAUUCUAUCGUACUGCUGAUCUUGCUAAACUCAUGUAUGACGAGGCUAUUACUCCUACGGAAGUGUUGAAAAGAUGGAAGGGCGAAGUGGAAGAAAUCGAGGAGGAGAACAUCGAGGAUUCUGACGAUGAGACUUUUUUCAAGAAAUCUGGCCGCGAGAAGGAGGAAGAGCACUAUGAAGAUCGUGCGAUUCUAAAGCUCGAUUAUGAAGUUAUGGAAGAGAAAUGGUCUAUUGAGGAUAAUAUUGAAAGGCUGCGACAGCGAUUUGCUUCGGCAGACUUGUUGAAAGGUAAGUCUUCCAAGGACGACGACAGUGAGGAUGACGAAGACGAGGAAGAAGAUGAGGAUGAUGAAGGAGAUGGAGCAUUCGAGGAUUUGGAGACCGGAGAAGAGCAUAAACCGGAUGAUAUCGAAGCCGAGCGAGAAAAGAAUGCUCGGAGAAAAGAAGAAUUGAAACUUCGUUUUGAGGAGGAAGAUCGUGAUGGCUUUAAUAAUGACAAAGCCAAAGCACGCCGAGAAGAUGGAGAGGAGGAGGAAUUUGGAGAAGAUGAUUGGUAUGAUGCGCAAAAAGCACAAAUCCAGACUCAACUCAACAUUAACAAAGCUGAAUUUGAAGCACUGGACGAAAAUCAGCGAGUAAGUGUUGAAGGAUUUAGGGCAGGGAUGUACGCCAAAAUUGUUAUUGAAAAGGUGCCCUCGGAAUUUGUUACCAAAUUCAGUCCACGCAUGCCACUCAUUGUCGGAGGACUCUCGGCAACCGAAGACAGAUUCGGAUUCGUUCAAGUCAGGAUAAAGCGACACAGGUGGCAUAAGAAGAUUCUGAAGACGAACGAUCCUCUCAUCUUUUCUAUGGGUUGGAGACGAUUCCAGAGUAUGCCAGUGUACAGUAUUUCUGACUCUCGAACUCGAAAUCGUAUGCUCAAGUAUACGCCAGAGCACAUGCAUUGUUUCGGUACAUUCUACGGACCUCUUAUUGCUCCCAACUCUGGAUUUUCUUGCUAUCAGUCAUUCUCGUCUAAAAAUCCUGGAUUUCGAAUUGCAGCUACAGGAACAGUCUUGAAUGUUGAUGAGUCAACGGAGAUUGUCAAGAAGCUCAAGUUGACUGGAGCCCCAUAUAAGAUUUUCAAGAAUACUGCUUUCAUUCGAGACAUGUUUACUACAUCGCUCGAAAUUGCCAAGUUUGAGGGCGCCUCUAUUAAGACCGUUUCUGGUGUUCGAGGUCAAAUCAAACGCGCACUCAGCAAACCAGAAGGUCACUUCCGAGCGACGUUUGAAGACAAGAUUUUGUUGAGCGACAUUGUCUUUCUUCGAGCAUGGUAUCCCAUCAAACCCCAUAGAUUCUACAAUCCCGUCACGAAUCUCAUCGGUUGGGAAGGAAUGCGUCUUACUGGAGAAGUCCGCCGAGACCAAAACAUCCCAACACCAGUCCAAAAGAACUCCCUCUACAAACCUGUCGAGCGCGCCACGCGACACUUCAAUCCUCUCCGAGUCCCACGUGCACUCGCCGCCGAACUCCCAUUCAAAUCCCAAAUCGUACAGACCAAGAAGCAAAGUAAACAGACGUACAUGCAAAAGCGAGCCGUCGUCGUAGGUGGCGAAGAAAAGAAAGCUCGAGAUCUCAUGCAGAAGAUCAUGACUGUGCGUAAUGAGAAGGUUGCUAAGAGACGUGCGGCGAAAGAGGAGAAGAGAAAGGUUUAUCGCAAGAAGGUUGCCGAGAACGAGGAGAUGCGGGGUGAGAGGGAGAAGAAGGAGAAGCAGGAGUAUUGGCGGAAGGAGGGGAAGAAGAGGAGGGCUGAUCCGGAUGCUGCUGGGGGUGGAGGUGGGGGGAAACGGAGGAGGUGA